CAUUUUCUUUCUUGUUUGACUGUAUGCGAACAUCAAACUAAGAAUGGCAAAAAUGAAUCUCUCUUCCUACAUAUUAAUACUAACUUUUUCUUUGUUUUCUCAAGGUAUUUUACUUUCAGCAUCCAAGCCCAUAAGAAAUUUAGACGAUGACAUGGUAUUUAAUACAUUCAGGUUGGGGAAAGCCUUUCAGAAGGAAGACACUGCAGAAGAAUCAGUUAUUGCUCCUUCCCUGGAACAAUAUAAAAACGAUGAGAGCAGUUUCAUGAACGAAGAGGAAAACAAAAUUUCAAAGAACACAGGCUCCAAACAUAAUUUCUUAAAUCAUGGUCUGCCACUGAAUCUGGCUAUAAAACCUUAUCUUGCACUAAAAGGAUCUGUAGCUUUUCCAGCUGAAAAUGGAGUUCAGAAUACUGAAUCAACACAAGAAAAGAGAGAAAUUGGGGAUGAAGAAAACUCAGCUAAAUUUCCUAUAGGAAGGAGAGAUUUUGACAGUGAGUAGUCUUUUCAAAAUUCAAUUCUACGUCCUACCACCAUUAAACAGAACUCUGAGUUAAAGCGAAUUUGGAUGCAAUCAUAACAAAAUCAAAUAAGACCAUGGCUCAAUUACACCUGCCAAAAAUGUGGGAUUGAAUAGCAAUAAUUAAUUAUUAUCAUUUUGGUUUACUCAGAAUUAGUUAUGCUAGAUCCAUUCUUUUUUCUUAAUAAAUUUUGUGUGAUAAUCAUAGUCCUUUAAACAAUUUAAACUUUCUUCUUCCUUCAGUGCUCAGAUGUAUGCUGGGAAGAGUCUACCGACCUUGUUGGCAAGUCUGAUACCUGUUGGUCCACAUCAUCUUUUCAGAAGAAAAUAAAAGCAUUUAAUUGUCAAUGGAAGGAGAAGCCCCUAAUGCUACUAUAACUUGUGCAUGUUAAAUGUUUGUUUUAAAAGAAAGUAGUGUUAAGAUGUAUCAGUAACUGAAAUUAUAUGCUUUUACUGUGCAUUAAACUUUGUGAAAAUUCUGCA